CUUCCUCGCUAGGCUUUGCCUGUCAGUCUGCCGAGCACCUUCCCUGCGCACCUUCCCGAGCCGCGAGCGCGCAAGCCCCAGGCAAAAACAGGCUAGGCAAGGAGCCGCAGCCUAGCCGGGCAGCCCCCCAGCAGCCGCCCGUCCCCCACCCCCCGCGCGCCCGAUCCUACUUCUGCCAUCAGCCGCACCCCGGAGACGACCCCUGCGGGCCUGCCUGAGGGACUUCCCCCUCCCGGAGCUGCUACUUGCCGCCGCUGCAGUCCCGCCCGCCUGCCUCGCUCUCCCGGGAGCUGCCUCGGUGGAAGCGACGAUGUCGGAGGUGCUGCCUUACAGCGAGGAGAAGAUCGGGCCCUAUGGGGACGGUGGCGAGGUGGGACAGAUCUCCUUCACCUGCCGCCUGCAGGACACCAACAACUUCUACGCGGGGGGGCAGACCAAGCGGCCCCCCAAACUGGGACAGAUCGGCAGGAGCAAAUGCGUUGUCAUUGAAGAUGACAGAAUUGACGAUGUCCUCAAAAACAUUUCAGAGAAACCACCUCCGGGAGUUUAAAUCUUUCCACAGAGACACUGAGUGAAAAGGAGGGGGAAGAAAAUGAUUGACCUUUUAUUAUUGGGUAAAAA